GGCAGCCGCAGCCGCAGCCCCGACUCGCGGCGAUGGGCCCCGCGCUGCUCUUGGCCGUGGCCGCCGCCGCCCUGGCGGUCCCCGGUCCCGGUCCCCCGCGGCUCCGGUUGCUCCUCGACCCCCCCCGGUGUCGGCUCCGCUGCUCCGGGGGUCGCUGCGGCCGCUUCUGCCCCGCCGAUAACGGCACUGUCCUGGAGAGCGGCCGCCCCCCGCCCGGGGGGGCCGGGUUCAGGCUCGUGCUCUGCCCGCUGCUCUGCCUCCACGGGGGGCUCUGCUCCCGCCGCGACACCUGCGUUUGUCCCCCCCAAUUCACCGGAAAAUUCUGUCACCUCCCGGUCAACGGCACCCGGGGGGGACCCCAAAACCCGGGGGGGCCCCAAAACCAGGGGGGGCCCCAAAACCAGGGGGGACCCCAGGAGCUCAUGCAGUCGGUCUACACGCUGCCGCUGGCCAACCACCGCGAGGAGGAGGACGGGGUGCAGUCCAUGGUGAGCAUCCACGUGGAACACCCCCCCGAAGCCUCCAUCCUCAUCCACCAAGUGGAACGGGUGCGGGGGGGGGGCGAGGAGGAGGAGGAGGACCCCCCCCCGGCCCCCCCCAAAGGGGCCCCCCCAGCCCCCCGGGGGUACCGCGUGCUGGCCCAGAGCAGCCCCCGAGUGCCCCCCCAGGAGGAAGGGGGGGGGUACGGCUACUGCUUCAGGGAACUGAGGGGGGGAGAGUGCAGCUCCCCCCUCCCCGGUCUCCGCACUCGAGCCGUUUGCUGCCGCGGGGCCGGUGUGGCCUGGGGGGUCCGCGAGUGCCACCCCUGCACUGGGCAUCCCAGUGUGGAGCAGCGCGAGGGGUCGUGUCCGCAGGGCUUCCACAACGUCAAUGGGUCCUGUGUGGACGUGGACGAGUGCCGGGGGGGGGCUCUGUGCCAGCGCGGCGUCUGCACCAACACCCGCGGCAGCUUCGCCUGUCUGUGCCCCCCCGGCUUCCUGCUCGACUCCUCCCGCGCCUCCUGCAUCUCCCACCAGGUCCUCUCGGAGGCGCGGGGGCCGUGCUAUCGGAUCAUCCGGGAAGGCCGUUGUGCUCUUCCCACCCUGAGGAACAUCACCCGCCAGAUCUGCUGCUGCAGCCGCGUCGGCAAAGCCUGGGGGGACGCCUGCACCCGCUGCCCCCCCUUCGGCUCUGAGGGUUUCCGGGAGAUCUGUCCCGCCGGUCCCGGAUAUCAUUAUUCCGCUUCCGAUCUGCGCUUCAACACCCGCUUUGUGGGACACGAUCCGGCGCGGAUCCCCCUUGGAACCCCCCCCACGGGCACCGCUGCUCCCCCCGGCACCCGUGACCGCCCCCCCCGCUGCCCCCCCCCGGGCCCCGAAGUCAUCGUUGUGCGACGCCCCACAGCGCCCCCCACCCCCACCCCCACCCCCGGCCCGGGGGGGGACGCAGGCGCGGCGUUGGGCUGCGAUGGUUCCCCGUCGCCGUGCGGCGUCGGCGGGCGCUGCGUCGCCCGUCCCGGGGGGUUUCUGUGUCUCUGCCACUCCGGGUUCCGCCUCGGCCCCCGCGGCACUCACUGCCUCGACGUGGACGAGUGCUCGCAGAGCCCCUCCCCCUGCGCCCACGGCCGCUGCGAGAACACUCCCGGAAGCUUCCGCUGCGUCUGUCCCUCCGGAUACCGCAGCUCAGAGCCCGACGGGCGCUGCCGCGACAUUGAUGAGUGUGAGCACCGCCUCGCCUGUCCCGGCCAGGAGUGCCUCAACACUCCGGGCUCCUUCCGCUGCCAACCCUGCGCCGACGGCUUCCGGCUGCACCGCGGGCGCUGCGCAGAUGUGGACGAGUGCCAGGGGGGAUCUCCCUGCGGCCACCACGGACGCUGCGUCAACACCGACGGCUCCUUCCGCUGCCACUGCCGCGACGGAUACCGGGCGGAAACCACCGGAGGGCCCUGCGUGGACGUCAAUGAGUGUCUGGAGGGCGAUUUCUGUUUCCCGGGCGGCGAAUGCCUCAACACCGACGGCUCCUUCUCGUGUCUCUGCGCGCCCGGAUACCAACGAUCCGCUGCCGGAGACGCCUGUCUCGAUGUGGAUGAGUGCUCCGGUGGUGCCGUCUGCGCCGGCGGUCGAUGCCUCAACACCGACGGCUCCUUCGAGUGCCGCUGCCCGGCGGGAUUCCGCACCGACCCCGACAGGGCGCGAUGCCGCGAUGUGGAUGAGUGCCAGGAGUACGGAGCGGCGCUCUGCGGAGCGCAACGGUGCGAGAACAUCGCCGGAUCGUAUCGCUGCGUCUCCGAGUGCCAACACGGCUUCAGGCCCGGAGAGUCCGGAGAGUGCCACGACGUGGACGAGUGCUCCAACCGGACGUUGUGCGGCGCUCACGCCUCGUGCCAUAACCUCCCCGGAUCCUUCCAGUGCGCCUGCGACCCCGGAUAUGAAACCGCUCCCGACGGAAACCACUGCGUCGACGUGGAUGAGUGCCGGACUCUGGGCGGCGUCUGCGGCUCUGAGCGCUGCGAGAACGUGGACGGCUCUUUCCUGUGUCUCUGCCCCGAUUCCCGCCAGGAAUUCGAUCCGGUUUCGGGGCGCUGCCUCCCCCUCAUCCCCCCGCAACCGCCCGAACCCCAAAUUCCCUUCGUCGAACCCCAAAUUCCCUUCGCUGAACCUCAAAGUCCCUUCGUUGAACCCCAAAUUCCCUUCGUUGAACCUCAAAAUCCCUUCGUCGAACCCCAAAGUCCUUUCAUCGAACCUCAAAGUCCCUUCGUCGAACCUCAAAUUCCCUUCGUCGAACCUCAAAAUCCCUUCGUCGAACCCCCAAAUCCCUCCGUCGAACCCCCAAAUCCGUCGUUGGGCGUCUGCUUCAACGGCGCCUGCGAGGAGAUGGCGCCCAACGUCACCCGCGCGCAGUGCUGCUGCUCCGUCGGCGCCGCGUGGGGCGAACACUGCGCCCACGGGCUCUGCCCCACGGCCGGCUCCGACGAACACCUCACCCUGUGCCCCCACGGGCCCGGACGCGCCCCCUCCACCCCCGAGGGGAUCCCCGAAGACGUGGAUGAGUGCUCUCUGUUCGGGCCGGCGCUGUGCCGGGGGGGGCUCUGCCGCAACAUGGCCUCCGCCUUCGCCUGUUUCUGCCCCUCCGGAUUCUACUUCGACCCCGAGCGGCUGCACUGCGUGGACCACGACGAAUGUGGGGCGCAGGACCCCGACCCGUGCCAGGGCGGCCGCUGCACCAACACUUUGGGUUCGUACCUCUGCUCCUGCCCCGCCGGCCUCGUCCUCGACGCCUCCCAACGCCGCUGCGUGGCCAACGACACCCACCUGGAGGACGCCCAAGCCGUUUGCUGGCAGGAGGUUGGGGUGGAUUUGGUGUGCGGAAAACCUCGCUUGGAUCGUCAGUUCACCUACACCGAGUGCUGCUGCCUCUCCGGGCAGGCCUGGGGCAUGGACUGCGCCCUCUGCCCCGCCCCCAACUCAGAUGACUUCGAUUUCCUCUGCAACGCUCUGCGCACCCCAAGUUUUGGGGUCCCCCCUUACAACUCCGCCCCCCCCUUCGCCCCCCCUUUUGCCCCCCCUUUUUUUUACCCCGAACCUUUCGGGGGACCCCGUGUCCCCCCUCUUCCUUCUUACCGUUCCGAUUACGAUCCGUAUCCUUUCGGAGGAGGGGGGGGACCCCCCAUUUAUUCCCCCCCUCGUUAUGAAGGGGGGUCAGAUUUUGGGGACCCCCCACCCCUUCGCACACGGGGACCCCGUUUUGAGCCCCCCCACCCCGCGCCCCCCUGGACUUUCCAACCUCAUGGGAUGAGAGAGGAAGAAGAGGAGGACGAGGAUGAAGGGGGACAAGAGGAAUGUGGGGUGCUGAGCGGGUGCCGCAACGGCCGCUGCGUUCGCCUCGGCGACGGAUUCACCUGCGUCUGCGACCCCGGGUUCCGCCUCGACCCCGCGCACAUGGAUUGUAGGGACGUGGACGAGUGCUCUGUGGACCCCCCGUGCCCCCCCGGGCGCUGCCGCAACACCCCCGGCUCCUUCCAGUGCCUGAGCGCCCCCCCGCGCCCCCACUUUUAAAGGGGGACCCCCCCCAAAAUAUUUACACCCCCCCUCUCUCCAUAUUUAUUGUGUAUAUAG